AUGCCUGCAAUCAAUUUUUUCUCACUCACUGUCUGUGAAAUGUGUAGCCAGUUCAACACAACAGUCAACCAUCUUUUUCUUCAGUACCAUUUGUUAUGUUUUUAUUUUUCUUUCUUUUUACUACCUUUUUUCCUUUCUUUCAUUGCUAUCAUUUCUUUAUUUGUUCUUUUCUAUCAUUUCUUUUUCUUUUCUAUCAUUCUUCCUCUCUGUUUUCUUCCUAUCAUUUUCUUUUCUUUUAUUACGUUCAUUUCUCUUUUUUCUUCUACCGUUGUUUUUUUUACUUUCUUCAAUCUCCUUUUCUAUCAUCUUUUUCACUAUCAUUCCUAUUUUCUUUUAUACUAUAGUUUCUCUUUUUUCUUUUUCUUUUCUCUUUCUAUCCUUACUAACCUUUUUCUUUCUUUCUUGUUUCUAUUUUGCUAUCAUUUUCUUUUGUUGCUAAGGUUUCUUUUUCUUCUACUUUAA